GAAAUUUAUUAAAAAUAAUAAAAUCAUAAUAUUUGUUUUGUUUUUGUAAAUUUAAUGAUUUGUAGGGUAAAAGAAACUAAUAUAAACAUGUUAUCUGUAUAGAUAUAAAACAAAAGAUUUAAGCAACAAGCGUGAUUCUUGCAAAGUAAACAAAACAAGCAAAAUAAACAACUAUAUUAUAAACAUUAACAAUUUCAACAAAUAAUAUUAUAAUAUAAAGUACAACAAUAACAAAAACAUAAAUAAAAUAACUAAAAAUAAAAGAGAGAGAAAAAAAUACAAGAAAAAAAUUAAAGAAACCUCAACUUAAUCUAAAAUAAAAGCUCAACUAUAAAACUAAACUAAAUAUAACAAUUAAUUAGUGCAUAAACUUACAACAAAAAGAAAAAAAAAUGAAAUAAAAUAAUUAACUGCCGUUAAAUUUAGCUAAAACAUGCAAGUGUGUGUUUAUUUUGAAAAUAAAACUUUGAAAUAGAAACAAAUUGAUUAGAGAAAAAAAGCAACAACAACAAAUUAAAACAAAUUUUCUUCACAGUACAUUCACUUUUUAAAAUUACAAAAAGAAAAAAAUGUAAAACAAUUGCUGCAAAAAAUUUAAUUUAAUUUAAAAAAAAAUUAACAAAAUAUUUUGAAAAAAAAAAAAAAUUUAAAAUGUUUCCAAAUAAAUUUAACACCUACAAAACAAUCUAAAUUAUGGCCCAAUAAAAAUUUUAUUAAUAAAAUGGCCUAAAUAUUUUUUAAUUUUUUUUUAUUUUGUUAAUAAAAAAACAGUUUUUUUUCUUCUUUGCUGACGUUUUAAUAAAAAAAAGAACCAAGUUUUAAUAAUAAAUAAUAAUGUGUUCACCUAGUGGCUUAAUUUGUAUUUUAAUUACAAGUUUAUUUACAAAUUGUGUUUAUUUCUCUGUGGCAGUCAAAGCUGUUAACAACAACACUGCUGCCACUAAAAGCAAUUCAAACAACAACUCAGCCACACAUAAACAUGCUGCAGCAGCUAACAUUAGUUGGCAACAUCAUACACAUGAUUUUGUAAAAAAAAUAUCUUCAAAUGACCAUCAUCUUCACAGCUCUGCUACACAUAGUGCGGGUGAUGGUGGUGGUGUUGGUGUUGGUGGUGAGACAAAAAACAGCCGCCUCAACAGUGAUGGUCAGUUUAUUGAUAUAACACGGAAGCAUAAAAUCCAUUACAAUGGUUUUGUGAUUGAUGAAACUAAUUUACUAGAUCAUUUGGAAGAUCAUGAAAAAGAUUUAAUAUUUGGGAAAUCAAGAAAAAAACGUUCCGUUAAAUUGGUGCAUCUACAGUAUCGUACAACAGCUACAGAAACAGAGGCAACAACAAAAGAUGUUGUUGAUAAACACAACAACAUCAGAAGCAAAAACAAGCAUGAUGCAGAUAAUAAUGUUAAUGUCGAUGAGGCGCAGGAGGAGGAGAUGAUCCCUCUUAAAACAUUUCUAAGUGGCACUCAAGCUAACAUACAACGUUUUAAGAGAUCUAACAAUGUGGCAUCUGCAUCAUCAUCACUACCAACAGGAGCAGAAGUACUUAAAACUGCAACAACAGAAACAUCAACAGCAACAACACUGCCAAAACGUCAAGGUGGCGCCCCAACAAUGCCAAUGGUAUCAGUGCAAAUCAAAGGUAUGAUUGUGCAAUGUUUGUGAAUAUCCCAUUAAAAA